GUAUGUGUACUUUCAAUUCACUGUAAAUUUUUAGGUAGGUACGUGUUACAAUUGUCUGUUUUUCUUUUUAGGGCUCAUGUAAUCAAAGGAGUUUCUUUGUUGUGUGUAUCUUUUCAGAACACAACAGGAAUUCAAAAUGAACCAGAACACAACGGAAUCUGUUGGCACUGUGGAGACCUUAGCUGAUGUACCUGAGCAUGUGCUUAGAGGGCUUCCUGAGGAUGUGAAGCUCUUCCCAUCUGCUGUCGACAAGACAAGGCUUGGGGUCUGGGCAACAAAAUCGAUUUUAAAAGGCAAGAAGUUUGGUCCAUUUGUUGGUGACAAGAAAAAGAGAUCUCAAGUUAAGAGCAAUGUAUACAUGUGGGAGGUAUAUUACCCAAACCUGGGAUGGAUGUGUGUUGAUGCAACUGAUCCCAACAAAGGGAACUGGCUACGGUAUAUAAACUGGGCUCGUUCGGGGAAGGAGCAAAAUCUGUUUCCUCUGGAGAUCAACAGGACCAUUUACUACAAAAGCUUAAAGGUAUCAAUGUCUGAAGAAUCAGUUAUUAGGUUUUUUAAAUACCUUUAAUUCCCCUUUAUCCGAAUCCUUUUUUUUACCUUUUGUAUUAAAUGGAUUUUGAAGCAUUUUAUGACAUACAAUUAAAAUAUUGCAAAUGCUUAGUUUCAUUGGUCUAAGUUCUUCCCUGUCAAUGCAGUUGACAUUAUGAACAACUGUUAAAAAUGAGGGUAUGUAUGGACGUUCCAUCUUUUUUGUUUGUUGAUGAUUUGAUGUAGCAUCAGUGUUGAUACAAAUGAGGAUGGAUAGUCGUAACAGGUUAAUUGCUAAGUUCCUGUAGAUACUGAAGGCACUUUGCACUGAGGAUCUGUUUGAGGCUUUGUUCAGAAAUCACUUGUUUUUAUGGUCUUUGCAUCAUAUAAAAAGACUGGUUACCAAGACACUUUUAUAGGCAGCUUUAUGAAACAAAUUUUCCUGAUUUUAUUCGCGUUCAGCUUUGUUUAGGGUGUGAGAGGAAAUAAAGGGUGUAAUCUGUGGGGAAUUUUAUCUCCCAAACCAAGGGGAAGAAUGGUUAGAUUAUAAGUAACGGUGAAGUAUGUUAGUGUUGGAAUAUUGUAGCUAUUGCAAUUACUUGAAUCUUUGAGAACUGUGAAUCUACUA